CGAUUAGCUACUAUUAUGAUCAUACCUUCGCUUAAAACAUAUAUUAGUUCCAGGGCUAGUUACUUAUCUCCUGCAGAUUACAAAGAUAUCAUGCAAUACCGAGAUAUGAAGUCUAAGCCUUUGGCUCAGCUAAGUAAAAAAUAUAAUAUAUCAAAUAGUCGCUUAUAUCAAAUUUGGAGAGGACAAGAGUUUAAUAGGAUUCAAUGGAAUGAU